AUGGCGGAGCAGGUGCUGUCCUGGCUUACAACCUCAACCCUAGUGAACGCAGGAGCCAGCAGCUUUGCACUCGGAAGGCGGGAGCCGGGCCAGGCGGCGGGGCAAGGCCGCGUCCCUGCCCUUCAGCGGGCAGCCGUCGGGGUCACCCCUGCAAGCGUCCCCUCUUUCUACCCGUCCCACCUCUCCUCCGCGCAGGUCCAGCAUGCCAGCAAGCAGAUCACGGCGGAGAAGCAGUACAAGGGCAUCAUCGACUGCGUAGUCCGCAUCCCCAAGGAGCAAGGCAUCAUCUCCUUCUGGAGAGGCAACCUGGCCAAUGUCAUCCGGUACUUCCCCACCCAGGCCCUCAACUUCGCCUUCAAGGACAAGUACAAGCAGAUCUUCCUGGGGGGAGUGGACAGGCACAAGCAGUUCUGGCGCUACUUCGCGGGGAACCUGGCGUCUGGGGGCGCGGCGGGAGCCACCUCCCUCUGCUUCGUCUACCCGCUGGAUUUCGCCAGGACCCGGCUGGCGGCCGAUGUGGGCAAAGGAGUCAGCGAGAGGGAGUUCACUGGGCUGGGCGACUGCAUCAUGAAGAUCUUCAAGUCUGAUGGCUUGAGGGGCCUGUACCAAGGAUUCAAUGUGUCUGUCCAGGGCAUCAUCAUCUACAGAGCAGCCUAUUUUGGGAUUUAUGACACGGCCAAGGGUAUGUUGCCUGAUCCAAAGAAUGUGCAUAUCGUAGUGAGCUGGAUGAUUGCCCAGACUGUCACUGCAGUAGCAGGGCUGGUUUCUUACCCUUUUGAUACCGUGCGACGUAGGAUGAUGAUGCAGUCUGGGCGAAAGGGAGCGGAUAUUAUGUACAAGGGCACAAUUGAUUGCUGGAAGAAGAUAGCUAAAGAUGAAGGAUCCAAAGCUUUCUUCAAAGGUGCCUGGUCGAAUGUGUUGAGAGGCAUGGGCGGAGCUUUUGUAUUAGUACUUUAUGAUGAAAUUAAGAAAUACGUCUAAAACAACAUAGUAAUGUAGUUCAAUUGUUCUCAAUCAACUUAUUAAAAAAUAUGCUUUCGUGAUGUAAUGGACAACAAAAUAUUUCCUAGGGAAACAGAAUAAAAUUUGAGUCGCAUACCUGGUUGAGAUGAGGAUGCAUUAAUUUAAAAAUUGUUCAUAACAUCACAGUUACAUUUUGUAUGAAAAUUCCUCCAACAUUUGUAUUGGAACUUGUGUAUAUAUUAUACUUCAAAUUUCAGGUAAUACAUUUUGUCUAGAGACAAGACUUGGGUAGUCUAUACCUAGUUUAAAAUCCAGUAUUGUGAGCAAGUGA